GAAUAAAGCAACAAAACAGCACACAAAGCUAAAACGAGUCUCCAUUAUUGCAAUUUUAGUGAGAGAAAGUUUUUUAGAGAUUAAAAAAAGUAUCAAGCAACUAACCAACAACAAUGGUGGCGGAGAGCUGGAGCGCGACGGCGAAGCUGUGCGACUCGUGCAAAGCGACGGCGGCGACGGUCUUCUGCAAGGCGGACAUGGCGUUCCUGUGCUUAUCCUGCGACUCCAAAAUUCACGCGGCGAAUAAGCUCGCGUCGAGACACGCGCGCGUGUGGGUAUGCGAGGUGUGCGAGCACGCGCCGGCGAGCGUCACGUGCAAGGCGGAUGCCGCCGCACUCUGCGUCACUUGCGACCAGGACAUUCACUCGGCGAACCCGCUAGCUCGGCGCCACGAGCGGUUCCCUAUAGUGCCCUUCUACGACUCUGCCUCCGCCAAGUCUCGUGGCGCAGACGAAAUUAAUCCUCCACAUCCCGAGACCGAGGAAGAAGCGGAGGCGGAGUCGUGGCUACUACAAACGCCGAAUAAUAAUGCGCAAGGAAUUGAGUAUAAAUCAGCGGAAUAUUUGUUUAGCGAUGUGGAUCAGUAUGUCGAAAUGGAUAUGAUAAAGGAUCAGAAACCGUGUACUGAUAUUCAACUUCAUGUUCAGGAGUAUAAGGAUGAUUGUGUUGUGCCUCAUGUACAGAACAAAAACGAGAUCCAUUUGCAAGGUCCAGUUGUUAAUGGAUACCCGACUUAUGAAAUGGACUUCUCUGGAUCUAAACCUUUCAUGUACAACUUCAGUUCUCAAUCCAUUAGCCAAAGUGUAUGUCUCUCUUCUCCUUUUCACCUUAAUUCUAUACAGUACUGCACUUUAAUAUUUUACACAAUUAAAUUACUGAAAAUACUAUUAGAUAGCUAUAUAUGAUAAAUAUUGAUUGGAAAAUUAGGAAGAAAUGAUCUCAAACCAUAACAUAAUAUUACUCAAAGGAAAAAAAAAAACACACACAACAUAAUACUAUAGAGUCCUAAUGAAAUGGUGGAUAAUAUUAAUGAUAUGACAAAUGGUUUAAUAUAACAUUCAUUUCUGACAGCUAAGUACUUAAUUAAGACUAAAAGAGAGUAGUGAGACUUUAAUUCUGCCGCCCUAUUUAGUAAGAGUCUAUGUUUGGUGUGAUCAGUAUAUUUGGCUAAUUUAUUGAAGAAAAGAGAGGUGAAAUCUUAACUAUCAAAUUAUCGGAGGCGGAUCCAGGAUUUGAAGUUACUGAAUUUCUUAAUAUAAAUAUAGAGUCUAUGCAAGAGUUACUGGGUUCCCGGAAAGCCGUAUUCAAUGCUCUAGGUCCGCCCCUGCAAACUACUAUUAUAUUUAAUGCACUCUACGAGUGAAUUAGUUAGUCGUGAUUCUGGCAAACUUUUUUUGAGAUUUUCUUGCAUCUAGUGAGGAGGGAUUUAAAGUUUAUGGAUUCAAAA